CAAUUCGAUUCAAUACAAAUUUCUCCUUGAAUGGAGUACCAGUAAAGGAAGGUCUUUGACCAAAUCAAAUCCCCAACACUCGAAGCUUUUGGGUAAAUCUUCCUUCACAAUUCUUCUUCACUAUGUUUCUGUUACAUUCAAUGUUCAGGACGCAAAGUGCAAAGACAGCAUUGUGGAUUUGAAGGAAAUAUAUGAAUGAUUGUCAGUGAAGCUAUGAGUUGUUGCUAUUGAUGAAGCUUUAACUACUAGCUUUAGCAGCUCCUUAGCUUAAAAUUAGAUAUAUUGUGAAAGGUACAACCUUUGGGACAGUUGAGUAUAAUUCUGUAUACUAGCUGUUUUAGCCCAUUAACUUCAUAAAGAGGUUUUGGAGCAUGAGUCAGGUUUCCAGUGGGAGUGAUUUAGAUUUAGACAUUGACUUGGAGAGUGGAGGAACAACAAGUGAAGAUGAUGUGAGCAGAAAUUUGGGCUGUGGUUAUACGAAUUCAAACAGGCUGUUGGGUAGGGUCAGGAGUGGGUUAAUCAGUUCUGAGAUACUAAGUGAAUGUACAAGUGACGAAGACUGUUCGUGUUCACAAUAUGACAAAAUAACAAGUUCUGAUGAAAUUCAUGCCAUGAACAAGGAACAGUUGGGGAGAUAUGCACAGGUGGGGCUUAAGAAGGGAGAUGAUGAAAAGCCUAAGAAGCAGAAGAAUUCUACUAAGCCAUCAAAGCCUCCUCGUCCUCCUAGGGGUCCUUUAUUGGAUGCUUCUGACUUGAAGUUGUUGAAGGAAAUUACUGAGCUCAAGUUGAAACGUAGAACGAUGGAAAGAAGUAGGACUAUGAGAAAAGUAAAAAAGGAGAAGGCAUCAUCAUUGAAAACUAAUGUUCUUGCAUGCUUGGUGACUGUGGCCUUUUUACUGGUUAUCAUCGUUGAAGGCUGCAGCGUAGUUAUGCCAUAACAUAAAAAGUUCAGAGAGUAAUGAGGGUGGCAUUAGAGACCGGUGUGGUGGUGCCUCCACAGAGCUAACUUUUUAUUUAUUUUUUUUGUCUUUUCAUUCCUUCUCUCAUUCUCUUAGUUGAAGUCAGCACAAUCUAGAGAUCUUUGUUGUAUGUCCAUCACAUAAUAUUUUUGUUUUAGGACUUUUGUGAGUCUUCGGGAUUUUCAGGUGCGCCAAUAUUCAUCAUUGUACAAAUUGGGAUCUUCCUCCUAACACUUACUGAUGGACUGACUCUUCACAUAUGUCUACCUUCUCUAUCA